AUGCCUCGGGGGCGAGCCUGGACGCAGGCGGAGGUCAGCAGCCUCCUGUCGCUGGUGGGGGGCUCGGGGGAGGCCGCCCUGCUCAUGGCCUCCACGUCGCGACCCAACGAGGCGCUGUGGCGGGAGAUCUCCCGGGGGUUGGCGGCGGCCGGCUACGGGCGCAGCGUGGCCCAGUGCCGCUCCAAGUGGAAGGCGCUCAAGCAGGCUUUCCACUCGGAGCGGGAGACGCGCCGGAGGGCAGGACACCAUUCGCCCCGGCUUCCUCCGCACUACCGGGCCAUGAAAAGUAUAUGGAAGGCAGCCGGGCGGCCCGUCUUUGGCGAGCGGAGGAUGCCAGAACUGGUGAAACUGCCCACCAGGAAGCGCAGGUCAGCCCUUGCCACUCGGUCUUCAUCCUCGCCAGAGCCACCAGAGCACGAUGUUAGCAGGGACACUCCAGGCACGCUGCUGUCCCCGCUGCUGCGGUGUGCGAAGGAUGAGCCAGAGAGCCCUGGUGGGGAACACAUCGCUGGAGUGCCACCCACACCCCCCACCAUGCCAUACACCAGUUGCUGUUUCCCUCCUGUCUCCAUCCUGGGCUGUCACACUGACCUGAAGCAGGAAGGAACAGAGGGAAAGGCUGCUAUCGUGGCACGUUUUCCUGGUGAGACAUCCCUGGGGAUGGGAAGAGGAAACCAAAUGCUGCCAGUGGCUGUCGCAGCCUCAGGCUCCCAAGGGACAGCUGCCAUGAGCGAGCAGCCGGCAGCAGGUGAAGAUGCAUCAGAUGCAAGCCUUCAUGGGCCUGGUGUGGCAAGCUUGCUCCAGAACGUCCAGCAACUGCUGGUGCAGAUCCUGCAGACAUCACGGCAGCAGCAGGCACUACUGGAGAGCCUGGCCAGCGACACAGUCUCCCACCUCCAGCUCCUCUCCCACAGCCUCGUGCAAGUGGGCGAGACCCUGCACCAGCUCCUGCUCCGGCCACAGACCCAUCCUGGCCCCCUUAGCCACUACAUCCCCCAUGUGCCCCUUUUUGAGGGUGGCCCUGGAAUGCCCUGCUCCCCUGGCACUCCCCACACCUCCCCGGAUUGCAAAGAGGAACCUCAGCUGUCCCGUGCCACCAGUUGCACCCCACCAUGAGUGCCACCAUCACCUACCCCAGGAGCAACAGCUUUGCUACGCAACCACAGCACAAAUCUGUAUAGCAGAGGUUCCAGAUAUUUUGAAAGUUUAUAGAAGAGAGACAUUUUAAUAA